AACUCCGGUACAAGCGCUAGAGUUCGCCUAGACCACUGUAGUCUGUAGGUUCAUAGGUUCACGCACGCGCGGUCUGCAGUACGUACUGCAUGAAAAGGCAACAGGGUGAGCUUUGGAACUCGCCUCGACUAUUGCUACUGUCGCACCCAUCCUCCAUCCUGAACGAACACGACGAACUGGAGGGAGUGAGAAACUUUGCUGGUCACGAGAGAAAGAAAGAUGGAAGCGAUCGUUCGGCUUUGUCUGAUUGUUCUGUUCGUCGUCGCUGGCUCCGCCGAUGGUAUCCACGAGCAGUGGGGAUACGUGCAAGUUCGUGACAAGGCUAAUAUGUUCUGGUGGUACCUCAAGAGUCCACAGCAUGUUUCCUCGGCCAAACCAUGGCCGACUAUCCUCUGGUUGCAGGGCGGCCUGGUAGGAUCUGGAGUCGGCCGUGGCAAUUUCCUGGAGAUUGGGCCUCUAGACGUCAACCUGCAGCCACGCAACUCGACGUGGCUGCAGAGUGCUGAUCUCAUCUUCGUGGACUGCCGAUGGGUGUCGGGUAUAGUUACGCGGAGGACCCGAGCGCGCUGGCGACGACAGACUCGCAGGUGGCUGCAGACGUCAUGGAGCUCCUCAAGAGCGUCAGCAAGAAGAUAACCACCCUGCAGAGCAGCCCGCUGUUCCUCGCUGGCGAAUUCUAUGGCGGCAAGCUCGCCGCCAUGCUCGGAGUCUCCAUGGCAAGGGCCAUCCGUGACGGCUCCCUCAAGCUCACCCUCGGCUAAUGGCAGCAAUGGUAAAGAAGCAGAUGGCGGAGGGACAGUUCGCCAUGGCGCGUUCGACGUGGAUCGAUCUACUAGAUUUUAUCGACUACCAAACUGAUAGUGUCAAUGUGGAGAAUUUCUUGCUUGAUACCAGCAUGAACCCACUGUUGGCAAGAUCUUUGUCGCUGAGAAGCACCCAAUCGAUGAGCCAGACGGCCUCCAACAGCCUCAACGAAUCAUGAACGGGAUAAUUAAGAAAAAGUUCAAGAUCAUCCCCAAGGACCUCAUCUGGCAAGAAGUGUCACUUGAGGCCGACGAGGCGCUGGCUCAGACAUUCAUGAAGCCAGCAAUAAACGAGGUUGAUGAACUGAUAUCAUACGGUGUGAAUGUUACCGUGUACAAUGGACAGCUCGAUGUGAUCUGCUCGACGAUCGGCGUGGAAGCAUGGGUGAAGAAUCUCAAAUGGGAUGGCCUGACGAACUUCUUGCGCGUGCCAAGGCAGCCUCUGUAUCACUGCGAGUCUUCCAUACACUGUUCCAGCGCAAUAAAGGCCUACGUCAGAUCAUACGAGAACUUGCACUUCUACUGGAUCCUCGGAGCAGGACUCAUGGUGCCUGCUGACCAGCCUGAUGUUGCGUUAAGAAUGAUCAGUAGCAUUACUCAGUCACCGGGCAGUUAGAAAGAUUUCCUAUAUAAUAUAUGUAUGGACAUUGAGUAUGGCUACCAAUGUUAUACUUUCGUAAAUGUAGCUUGGAUUGAUGCGAGAACAGCCGUAAUUCAGAGGUACCAGGGGGACUCGCGCGCGUUGCCGCGCCGUUAAAACGAAA